CGCCCAAUCAAGCUGGUGGAGUCUGUCGUCAACUCAGCGUCAUUGCCGCGCCCAACCUGGCAAACACCGCAAUUGGCUCGUGCCAGCCAAGAUAUCCAGGGUCCAGGAGUCGAUCACUCGAAAACACACCUACAGACAUGUAUAUUUUUGCUCCUUUGUAACCUUUUCCUCCCAAAGCCUCCUGGGCCCAUUUCUUCUUCGACAGCUUCAUUCCCUUGUGUCUCACGAUGGCGCUGUCGAGCAUUCUGCUGCAUCCAGCAGGAGCAGCUCUUGUCACACUUGCAUUAAGCCUAUUCUUAUAUCUCGCGUCUGCUCGAAGACCACGCAUUACACGCAGCGGACAGGCUCUUCGCAAGCCACCAGGAACAGUCCCCAUACUUGGAAACGGUCUCAUCUUCCUUCGACCCCGCCACAAGCUCUUCGAUUGGUUCUCGCGAUGCGAGCAGCACUUCGGCCUUGAGACUUUUGAGAUAUCCGUGCCCACGCUGCCGCCAGGCGUGGUCAUCAACAACCCAGAGAACCUUGACUACGUCUUCAAGAAUGAGGCCCUCUUCCAGAAGGGGGACCUGUUUCGCCAGCUUUCUUGGGACUUGUUCGGAAAUGGCAUCAUCAACGCUGAUGGGGCUUUGUGGAAAGCUCAGCGAAAAGCCGGGCUGCAUUUUCUGAGUGCCGAGAAUCUGAAGGUGCUCAAUGACGCAGCACUGCCGGCGUACCUGGGCAAGUCUAUGCGACAAAUAGCUAGGACCGCUGCGCCCCCUGGUUCCGAACGGGACAGCAACGCCACCGUGUUGGACCUGCAGCAUGUCUUCCAUGAGAUUACGAGCCAAGUCAUGGGCAAACUGGCAUACGACAUGGAGAUGCACACGGGCGACGAGUUCACGGCGGCCUUUGAGCACGCUUCUGGAUGUACCACGGAACGGUUCCAGAACCCGCUUUGGUUCAUCACAGAGGUGUUUUUCGGUUCAAAGUUUCGUCAGUCCCUACGGACGAUUCGAUCCGUGGGAGGAAACAUUGUGGAAAGUGCACGGGAGAAGCGCGCACAGACAGCCAAGCGGGAUACCAACACUGCCGAUGACGAAGCGGAUAAGAGUGGCAGUGCAGCACAUUCAGGCGAUGCGGAACUCGAUGGCAUCUCGGGCAGUCUGAUCUACUCGCUGAUCGACACUCUAGGGGAAGACAAAAAGCUCGUCGCCGAUGCAGCCCUCAACUACUUGUCUGCUGGCAGGGACACGGUUGCACAAGCUCUGACCUGGACCAUGUAUCUGCUCAUGAAGCACGAAUCGGCCACCGCGCAGAUACUAGAAGAGAUAACGCAGCUCCGGGCUAGCGUGGCCACCGACAACACGAGGCCGCCAGCACCGACGUUUCAGCACGAGCGGCUGACACAGCCCGACGAUGAUGAGGGAACAUACCACAGCACCGCCGAGCUCUUCACUCCUGCCAAGGUUCCCUACACGAUGGCCGUCUUCUACGAGAGCCUGCGCCUGUACCCUCCGGUGCCAUUUGAGAUCAAGCAGUGCACUGCGGCCGUCACUCUGCCCGACGGCACGCACCUGCCGCAGGGAACAGUGAUCUUCUGGUCGCCGUGGUCCAUGAACCGAUCUCGUGCCAUCUGGGGGCCAGACGCCGAGACGUUCCGGCCGGAGCGGUGGCUUUUCCAAGAGGAAGCAGAUGAUUCCGAAAACAAGAGGCUCGUCCUGAAGACGAGACCGGCAGCCGAGUUCCCAGUGUUCAACGGCGGGCAGAGGUUGUGCCUGGGCAAGAAGAUGGCCGAGCUCAUGGCAGCGCAAAUCAUACCAAGCCUCGUGGAGAAGUUUGAGUUUGUGCCGGGAUUUGACGUGCAUGGCGAGGAGAGGAUCAGCGGGAGCAGUCUUACGUUGCCAAUGAAGGAUGGUCUGCCAUGCGUAGCUGUGCUAAGGGGCUAAGAUGGGCAGAGGUGGUGAGACCUGGGGCGAGACACACAGCCUGAGAGCGGGCGACACGGCAGAUCAGAUUAGGUUGUUUGUGGGUGUGACAACCAUCUUUGCAGCACAUUUUUGAGAAUAUAAAACGGUGCAUGUCGCGCACCCAGGCAC